CAAGCUUCAAAGACUCUUCUGUGACAAACAAUCAAUCAUCUCUCACACCUCCUUCGUCCUCCUGACCUCAUUGUUCUGCCUACGAUUGCCUGGGCUUCUAGACUUUGCCUUGCUCCGCCACUGGCCUUACCUUAUAUACGUCCUCUAUCGCCCUCUUCUCUCUACCUCGAGUAAUCCAUAUCAUAUCAAACCUCUUAUCUACUCUACUCCCUUCGCGACAAUCCAUCCGCUCUACUUUCCAAACAAUAAUAACACAUCUUUCCACCACCACCACCAUCACCACCAUCAUCAUGCCUCACAAAGUCAACCAGUCCAAUUCUACUUUGGCCAGCACUGGCAGUAGCGGUGACCGGGUGGUUGUCACAGACCUGCGAGGGUCCAACACCGGUCCACGCCGAACGCAACCUCCCGUCGUCGUUCAUAACCAGGGGGGACAAAUAUACGACGAAACAAGACCAUCCGAUUGGGACAAGCAGCGGUGGAAGUAAACACACGAACGGUGCCAGCGUUUGGGUUCCGGUCACCUGCUGCUGGUCAGCGGGUGUGAGACGGGCUCUUAGUCAGCUGAUUAUCCGCGCGGCUUUCCCAAAGUGAGGCGAGCGAUCGGCAGCGCAACUUUCUCGUUUCUCUCGUCUUCCGCGUCUCUCGUUCGAGACCGGCAAUCGGCGGAUACGCUCUCUCGCUCUACAUUCUGGACC